GAUUCUUUCGAAACUGAAACCUUAGUGAAAGGUUAACACAACAUAUCAAACUGUAAGAACCUUAAUUAAGUUCGUUAACAUUUCUGUGUCAAAAGAUGUUAAUCCUGUAUAAUGUAUUCGAUUGUAUAUAGUUAUUGCUUUACGGGGUUGUGUUAACCGAACAUACAAAGGAUACUAUUAGUGUUUUUUUCUCGAUAAGGAAUUAACCGUGACUACAUUUGAUAAUACGGAAUGGAAUUAAUUAACUGUUGUGCGAACAAACGUUGAUUUGGAAACAAAAGACGUGAUUAAUUUCACGGUAGAUAACAAUAGAUGUAAUCAAUGAUUAAAGAAACUAAUACAUAACCAAAUCGUGAUCAGUGGUUCAUACAGUGUAGAAUGAAUCCAAACAGACUUAUAUGUAGUGAAUAUUAGAUUUGGCUGAAAGCGGUAAAACAAUAGAAUGUGACAUGUAGGAGCACUGCGUAAAUGACCCCAGUGUAACCUCCAUACACUGAUAACAGUGCGAUAUAGCGUACGAUUGAAGUGUUUACAGUGUUUAACUCGUUCAUAUAUACCGGUCACUCUUGACUUUUGAGUAACGUUUGACUAGAGAAGUAUUGUUAGUAAGCGGUAUAAUAAGUGAUUUGAAUCAUAUUAAUACUUAAGCGGCUAUAACUCUUUUGUGAAUGAGUUGUUUGGCCAAGAUGGAUAAUAAGUUAUACAAUUCAUUAUAGUUAAUUGUUUUGUACUGUUGUGAUCUCCGCAAUUAAACGUGUCAAUUAGUAACGUAAAUGCCGUUGUUUAACAUACCAUUCGUCUUAUGCUGUCAAAACUACUAUAAAUCUAUGGAUUUAAUUAAGAGCUGAUUUUGGAUUUACGCGUGCUCGCCGAAUUUUAUGAAAUAGUUGUUAAGUACGAACGUGGUGUGAAUCAAUAAAGAGAGGCUGACAAUAGCACAGAUUUGGAGCUGGAUCUUAGGAAUACAACGGGACUACCGUGUAGCUAAGCUUAAGAGUUUAAAUAAUUUAAAAAGCACACACAUCAGCGUUUCACCUGCCUUAUAUUGUUGAUUCUGCAGUCUGAUAACAACCACGCAGAUAACAGCAAACUGCUGGAAAUUGGAUAUUGGAUUCCAGUAGCCUGAAAAUAUCUUCUGACAAGAUACCGGCGAUCCAUUCGUUUUCCGAGAAGUAUCAGGGGAUUUAACAAUGGCGAAAGCUUCAUCGACCGACCAUGGCUUCCAUAAUUCUUCCUGUCGGAGGAAGUAAUUACACGUAGACCGGGAUGAGGCUUUGGAACGAUACGGCGAUGUGUGUACAUGAAGUUUUGUAACUCUCAUAUGAAAACUUCUCGCAGCUAUGGUUAAAUUAUAGAAAUACUGGAUACUAUUGUGGAUUGUUUUAGUCGACUCAUGACUAAGCUCAAGUUGUCUUGCUGUUAUUUGGCCAGUGUAUCAGCGUGGUUUAAGUAUAGAAAAGGGGCGUGUUUAUGGAGGCUGUAUACUGAAAACACGGUUGAUUGUUGUGUUCGACUUUCAUGAGUUUAUGCCGAAUCACAGUGGUUGUUGUUUGUUGAUGGUGAGUUUCGAAGUUAUUUAACGUGUAUCGAACGCAUAUAAAUACAAGGGGAGUUUUAUCAGAAGGAAAGCCGAAAUCCUAAACACAAUAGGAAAUUGAUUUUCUGGCCUUCGAGCUUAUGCCAACUUCCAGUGUGAAACGCAUUUGUGUUGUUUUGUUAUCUUCGAAAAAACUGUGUCAACGUGUAUUGAAUGGUAACAAAGCGCGUGUGUUGAACACUGUCAGUGAGUGAUAAAGUUGGAUUAUUGGAUUUUUUGAACUCACGUGCGUGACAGCUGGUCUCAGGCAGUCAUGCAUAAAGCAUACUUGCCUCCAUCGAUGGCGUCAUCGACAGGCAUGAAGUGCUACAAGUCAUCCACGCUGGACUUCUGUCCAAAAGGUCACGAGAUGGAAGUGUGUGACCUCAAUGGGGAGCAGGGACGUUACUGCAAGCAGUGCGGGGAUCUCACUUUCCAGCCAAAUCAGAACAGAAUGGGGGACCAAUGUAGAUUAAGACGGACGUGUAACAAGUACCAAAUGAAAUACAAACAAAUCGGUGAUAAGACAAAGAACGCGGAAUGCGAAUGCGAACUUGGCUACCAUUUUGAAAACGAGGAUCAGCGCGCAUGCGUACCGAACAAGGAGUGUGGAAAGGGGUUCGGCCAAGGAGUUUAUGAAGACGGACGUUUAACGGGAACCUGCGACAACUGUUUCGAGAAGAACAUGUGGUCGGACACCACCAGCACAAUGGACCGAUGCAAACCUUUGAGAAAUUGUGAGAAGGAAGGCAAAUGUACAGUGAUCAAGAGCAACGGAACAUUCGACAACAAGUGCGGUCCGCCUGUUCACGAUGUCACCGACUGUGAUAGUUUUGUCCACACCACGGGGGAACCAUCCGCCUCCACUUCCGCUUCCACCGUCAUCGGCCUCGCCGUCGGGGGCGCCGUCAUCUGCCUACUCCUUGUGUUCAUCAUCAUCAUUGUCGUCUGCCGGCGGCGGAAGGAAGCUAAGCGGCGGCUGAUUCGCGCGGCGGAGCUAGAGGAUCUACUUCCGGAGAUCAUUCAGCGGUCUAAGAAAGAUGAGGUGUUUAGUAAAAAAGCUCUAGACCUGCUUCAGAAAGAGGUGGAGGACCGGAUCAACAACCAGAUAUGGGCGCUGGCUCAGGAACUGUUCCGGAACCACAUGGAACCCGCCAAGGCCGAGGUCGUCAUACUAAAAUACCAAGACCAACAACACAAGUUCGCCAUCAACGGCUAUAUGCAGGACUGGCGCACCUGGCGCGGUAACCAAGGAGACGCUGUUCAAGAGCUGGUAACGUGUCUCCAGAGUGACAAGGUCAAGCGGCAAGACAUCGUCCUUGAGGUGGUCAAUAAGCUACGGGAAGAUUUCCCAGAGGUCGUCGAGUCAUAUGACGCAGAGCCAGCCACCAAAUCCAAUCCGGGAAAACGCUUCUGUGCCGUGCUUUUCCCGUGUCUGUGUGGCGAAAAGGUCGCCUACAUUCGAGAUGAUGAGUUCAAAGACACCAAUCAAGGACUCUUAGCUAAUGAGAAAAAAGAUAGCCUUACACUUCCGCUGAAAGAACCACGUGACGUGGACGGACGUGACGAUACAAAGGGUGGAGGAGAAGGAGGAGGAGUUGUAACGCCGAGUUCGGCGGGAGCCGUUUAUCGCAAGGCGACGACCCCAAGCGCGCCAGCAAUGGACGAGGGUAAUGGUGUUUACCCGGAAGUUAAGUUGAAAGGUCAACACUUUUAUGACCGCUCUGACUCGGCACCGGUGCAGGCAAGUAGCUAGGAGCGAAGGAAAAUAGAGCUUAACCAAUGAAAUGCCUGACGUUUUGUGAUUCUCAAUUUUCUCAUUUGUUCAUGGUGACGUUUUGAUCGAGACGUUAUUUGAAAAGUGCUGUAGCGUGUAGCUGGUGGGACACAGGGUUGUGCAACUAAAGCCAAGUUCUUCGCACAUAGAGAAGUUUCAUGUAUCGUAGCGACCUUUUUUGAUGGAUAGUUUGUGUCGUUAAUUAAAUACCAUAAUUGUGUAUGAUCGAACGCAAUACAUGUUGUAUUACACUUUACUUAGGUUGUAUAGAUCGGCUUUUUGUACAAACAUUUAAUGGUCAUAAUGAAUGAAUUAAAUUUGUGUGUGAUUGAUAGAUUUCCAGUUGCAACCAUUAUUGGCACACGCUUAGCAAAACUGUUGGUUGUCAUGUAAAGGGAGACAGCACUUGUAUCUUAUAUUUUCUAUUUUGACAGAUGUUACCUCCAUUUUUAUAUUGAACCUUAAUAAAUGAAUAAGGUAUUUUAAUUGUAUCUAAUAAGCGACAAUACAUGAGACGGUUACAUGUCAUAAACUUACAUCUGUACAUUAAUUCCCGAAAUGUUGAUAUCUUCGGUGAUUUGAAUGUUUAUAAUGCGCAUAUAUUUCUUCCUUGUUCAUAUUUGCUAUAAAAAAUAUUAAUGUGUCUGACUUUAUCGAAAUGACAUGAAAUCAGAACAUUAUUUUAUUUCACAACACAUUGUAUUUCACGGUGUCAGAAUACACGAGCUACUACGAAUGUUCAGCCAUAGUCGAAUUGCUUUUGAAUUGUACAUACCUUUCAUUCAUAGUUUCAUUUAGAAAUAUCAACGCUGCUAUUUUGGCCUAAUAUUACCAACGUUUUUUUAAAUGUUAUUCUGUAUAAUUGAAUAUGUGAUCCGUAUAUCCUAUAUUAAGUCACACCAAUUGAUGCAAUAUUUUGUCUUCAAGACAAGUUCAAACGAUGUUUUGUAUAUGGUUUGAAUGUUUGCUAAACUGUCUUACCGUUAUGAAACUUUAUAUGCUGUCAUAUGCCAUUUAUAUCGCAUAUUUACUUAGCUGUGUAUAACCAUCUUCAUCCAUUCGGCUGAUAAAUACAAUUAAGAACACGAUUGUGAUAUAACGUGAAUACAGAGAAAUAUCUAUCUUCAAGAUAAUUUUAAUAAGAUGCUUCAGAUUCAUGAUAGCAUACACGUGCACAUAAAAUUCUAGAAUCUUUAUAAAUGUUCAUAAUUUGGCGUUAAAAUAACAAAAAUAUCAUAGUACUUUGAAUGCUUACAUUCCAUAAUUUGUAACAUAUUCCUCGUGUAAAAUAUUCACAGUUUUCAAGCCAACCAUUUUUUCUCUGAUUUCCUUAAUCUGCUGUACUUUACACAUUGUUUCGCUUAAAUAAUUAUUUGUAUUGUUUUGUUUCAUAAAUGAAAUUUAUCUCUGGUAACACUGUGAUUAUAAAUUGAAGUGUAUUGAAACGUCGACAAAAUACGGUAUCUGCUAUGUACGUUAUAUGCGAACAUGGUAUUGAACAGGUAGACAUAAGGUCGUUAACAGUGUCUUCUCUAUAUUUGUGUAUUUUGUGUGUCUUGUUAUUCUAUUACCUUACAAUGAACUCAUUUUCAAACAUCCAUUUAGAUUUUAUGUUAAGUUUGUACUUGUUUAUGAAUCUGCUCUUAUUUUCGAUGCCGUUGCCGUUUUUAUGCCCCCCACUAAAGUGGUGGGGGACAUAUUGUUUGUGCCCUGUCUGUUGGUUGGUUUGUUGGUUGGUUGGUUGGUUUGUGUGUUUGUUUGUGCAAACUUUAACAUUUGCAAAAACUUUUGCAAUAUUGAAGAUAGCAACUUCAUAUUUGGCAUGCAUGUGUAUCCCAUAGAGCUGCACAUUUUGAGUGGUGAAAUGUCAAGGUCAUCCUUCAAUGUCAAAGGUCAAAUAUAUGGGUCAAAAUCGCUAAUUUAAUGUACACGUUUGCAGUAUUGAAGAUAGCAGCUUGAUAUUUGGCAUGCAUGUGUAUCUCAUGGAGCUGCACAUUGUGAGUGGCGAAAGGUCAAGGUCAUCAUUCAAGGUCAAAGGUCAAAUAUAUGGGGACAUAGUGUUUCACAAACACAUCGCUUGUUUGUUAAUGUUUAUUUUGGUAGAAACGCAGAGUUUGUCGCAAAUGUGUAAUGUAUAUUUUGUUUUCCGAUAAAACAUAACCAAUGAA